GGGGGGCGAGACGGGGUAGGGGGGAGAAAAGUGUUAAGGAAGAAACCGAAUCUGUAAGAAAAAGAGAGAGAGAGAGACGGGGGAGAGAGCGUGGUUGUGGGAGGAGAGAAUGAGAGAGAGACGGACUGGAAGAGGCAGAGGUUGGAGAGAGGGAGGCAGAAGGUGAGUGAGAGGAAGAGAGGGGGAGAGAGGGAGCAACAGGAGACAAAGAGACAGUGAGAGGGCCAGCAGGCAGGUGAGGAGAGGCCGAGGCCUGCGAGAGGUGGUUCCGGAGAGACGCGGGAGGCGGGACACCUGUCCCCGGGACCUGUGAGCCGGCCUCCUCCGACCUCUGCGCCCCUGACCCCACUCUGUCCCCGGCAGGGUCCGCUGCAGAGACACAGCCCCUUUCUUCCUCUCCCCCAGCCCCUGAUGGAGGAAGGCAGGCCCUGGAGCAGCCUCAGCCUGGCCAGCAGCACCUCUACCGUCUCCUCACUCAGCAACCUGAGCACCAAGAAGCCCACCAGGGCAGUCAACAAGGUGCACGCCUUUGGGAAGAGAGGCAAUGCGCUCAGGAGGGACCCCAACCUGCCCGUGCACAUCCGAGGCUGGCUUCACAAGCAGGACAGCUCUGGGCUCCGGCUUUGGAAACGCCGCUGGUUCGUCCUCUCCGGCCACUGCCUCUUCUACUACAAGGACAGCCGCGAGGAGAGUGUCCUGGGCAGUGUCUUGCUGCCCAGCUACAGUAUCAGGCCGGAUGGGCCGGGAGCCCCCCGAGGCCGGCGCUUCACCUUCACGGCGGAGCACCCAGGCAUGAGGACCUACGUGCUAGCCGCUGACACAUUGGAGGACCUGCGGGGCUGGCUCCGCGCGUUGGGCAGGGCCUCCCGCGCGGAGGGGGACGAGGGGGGCAGACCCAGGUCCCCGGCUCGUCCCCAGCCGGCGGAGGGCCCUGGCGGCCCUGGCGGCCCUCCGGAGGUGGGCAGAGGCGAUGAGAGGCGCGUCUCGGAGUCGCCAGAGGUGGCUCGCCUCGCCAGAGGUCGGGGCCGGCCGCGGCUGCUCACCCCCAGCCCCACAGCCGACCUACAGUCUGGACCCCGGGCUCGGAGGGCGAGAAGCCCGGACCUGUUUACACCCCUUUCUCGCCCUCCGUCCCCUCUGAGCCUCCCACGUCCUCAGUCUGCUCCUGCGCGGCGACCCCCACCCUCCUCAGGAGACGCAGCACCCCCGGCCCGACCUCACACCCCGCUGAGUCGCAUUGAUGUUCGGCCUCCUGUGCACUGGGGCCCCCAGCGCCAGAUCCUCUCCCGGCCUCCUACCCCCCGCAGAGGACCCUCCUCUGAGGCCGAAGGGGGCAGGCCCCCCAGGAGCCCCCAGCGCUGGAGUCAGGAGCCCAGAACACAGGCCCCCUCUGGCUCCUCCACUUACCUCCGGCUCCCUCCGCGGCCUCCAGGGACCCGGGCCUCCAUGGUUUUGUUGCCAGGUCCCCCCUUGGACUCAGCCUUCCACCAAAAUUUGGAGACAGAUACUCUGCUGACCAAGCUGUGUGGGCAGGACCGGCUCCUCAGGAGGCUGCAGGAGGACCUGGACCAGAAGCAGGAGGAGAAGGAACAGCUGGAAGCAGCCCUGGAGUUGACCCGGCAGCAGCUGAGCCAGGCAACCAGAGAGGCUGGGGCUCCCGGGAGGGCCUGGGGGCGCCAGCGCCUCCUGCAGGACCGACUGGUCAGCGUGAGGGCCACCCUCUGUCACCUGACUCAGGAGCGGGAGCGGGUCUGGGACAUCUAUAGCGGCCUGGAACAGGAGCUGGGCACCUUACGGGAGACGCUGGAGUACCUGCUUCACCUCGGGUCACCCCAGGACCGCGCCUCUGCCCAGCAGCAGCUGUGGAUGGUGGAGGACACCCUGGCAGGUCUGGGUGGCCCCCAGAAGCCACCCCCCCACACUGAGCCUGACUCCCCGUCGCCCGCACUCCAAGGGGAGGAGUCCUCAGAGAGGGAGAGCCUGCCUGAGUCCCUGGAGCUGAGCUCUCCCCGCUCCCCGGAGGCUGACUGGGGGCGGCCCCCGGGGGGCGACGGAGACCCGGCCAGCCCUCGCGCAGGUCUCGGGUCUCCAAAGAUGUCCCGGGCCCCCAGCCCCGAGGGUCCCCGCUCCACAUCCCCACAGCCAGGAGCCAAGGCCCCCGUGGCCCGGCCCCGGAUGAGUGCCCAAGAGCAACUGGAGCGCAUGCGCAGGAACCAGGAAUGUGGACGACCCCUCCCGCGCCCGGCCUCCCCCAGGCUCCUCACUCUGGGGAGGACCCUGACCCCCGCCAGACGCCAGCCGGACAUGGAGCCAAGGCCGGUCCUAGGACACACGGGAGCCGCGAGAUGGCUGAGAAGCUCGGGGUCCUGGAGUAGUCCGAGGAACGCUGCCCAGUCCCUGCCGCCGUCCGAAGGCCCCCGGGAGCGGGUCCUCAGCCUCUCCCAAGCCCUGGCCUCUGAGGCGUCACAGUGGCACAGAAUGAUGAUAGGCGGAAACUUGGACUCCCGGGGAGACCCGCUCCCCGCCGCGCCGCCUGCCCCCUCGGACCCCACGCCGCCGGGGCCGCCUCCCGCGAGGUCUCCGGUGGCUAACUCCGGCUCCGCGGGCUUCUCGCGCAGAGGUAGCGGGCGUGGCGGAGGCCCCGCUCCCUGGGAGCGCGCGUGGGACUCCGGGCCGUCCGCCCCGGCUGAGAACCGGGAUGAGGGGACGUGGCCGCUGCGGGUCACUCUGCUGCAGUCCAGCUUCUGAGCAGGCCGCCCCCAGCGCGAGGGGUGGGCAGGCGGUCCCGCCCGCGGGCCGGGGCCGGCGCCAGACGCGGGGUGGCCUGGUCCCCACCCGUGGCCUGGGGGACGUGUUUCCAUGGCCGAAAAUUGGUUUGCCGAACACUGUGCACAUUAAGAUUAAAACAACUUUUCGCCUCCA